AUGUCUGCUCAAAGUACCACCACACCCCCCAGUUCCGAAUCUAAGCCUGCUGGAAACACUGAGCUGCGUCCUUCAGACGCCAGUGCCACCAAAGCUGUAGAUAUUACUGGCCCUUCUCAGUUUUUUCUCGCUGAAACGUCUCAGAAAUUGGGUGGUCAAGCUGGCGAAGCUCCCACUACUACUGCUAGUGAUGCGAUGGACCUCGAUCCCCCUUCCUCUGCUAGUUCAUCUUCUAGUGAUGUGGAUCUUCAAGGUCGCACUGAUCAGUUGAAGCUAAUUGUUGACAAUCAGCUCGCCGAAGUUCAGCUUCUCUCUACGACCUUGCUCCUCGAGCAAAGUGAGGAGGCCAGAGCCCAGGCCCUAGCUCGGUUGAUCCAGUUGAAUACGUCCAUUCAAAGUAUCAUACAGAUUCGAGAUUGUUUGCUUGCAUCCAAAGCUACUGCAAAUGAUAACCUCGUUUCUUCGGCUGCUGCUUCGUUUGGCUCAUCCUCAGUCGAUGGAGUCAAAUCCAACAAGAGCGCCUCAGUACCGGUUUUCUUUCCCAACAACUUACCUGCAUUUCAGUGGGUCGGUAUGGAUGAAUUCGACCCCAAAAGCCCUAUAUUUCCUACAGUCGACGCUUGUCUGUUGAAGUUUGAGGAUGUCAUGUUCGCUUACAAGAUGGAUUUCGACAAGGAAUAUGCUCGCUUAGUACCACCUAUGCUGUCUCCAGAACAACGUACUUGGUACGGCUCGUUCACUUCUGCUUGCACUGCUCCUGCAUCGUGGAAUGAUUUCAAGUCGGCUAUCAAGGCUCGUUAUGGCAUUAGCGUAUUGGAAGAACGUCAACGUUGUGCGUCUGAUUUGUUGAGCAUUCAACUUUUGCCCGGUGAAAACGUGAAAGCCUUUCUUGAUCGUUUUACUGACUUGCGUCGUCGAUCCCUGGAUCAAGCCCCAUCCGAUUACUUGUUGGCUAAGUUGUUCCUGGAUGCCAUUCCUUGGGUAGUCAAAGAUAAGAUCAACACCAUCCGUCAAUCCAAGGGCAUCAUUGAUAGUUACGAUGUUGACAUUAUCCACCCGCUUUUACUCGCACUGCUGCUGGAUCUGCUGCAUCACAAUGGGCUCCAGUUGCAUCCCCCCCGCCGCUCACAUACCAUGAAGGCAUCAUCCUCAUCUACUGAUAGUCCUGCCGCUGUGUCUCGUGCUGGUGUCUCUUCUGGCCGCGUGGGCAAGCCUCACUUCAAGGCUACCAAGUCGUGCACUUUCCACCAUAGAAAGCCUCACAACCAUGACACCUCGGAAUGUAAGCUCUUCUUGGAAGAGUUGAAAAACAAAGGCGGUGCCAACUCUAUGCCAACCAGCAACCAAGCAUCGGGUCGUCGUUACAUGAUGUCGCUUGCGGAUGCCAAGGCAUCAGAUCGAUGCCGUACUUGUGGUGCUCACAAUUACUCUGCUGGUCCCCAUGAGUGCAACACGGCUGUGCGUACUGGUGGUGGUCCUACUAGUACCUUACAUCGUUUUGGUAUGCUGCGCCUUCAAGAGGGCGUGGUGUCGUCUUCUACCACCGCUGGUAGCACUGCUAUUGCAACUGCUCCUGCUGUUGAUCCUACUGUGGGCUCGUUGUCUGAGGCUGGUGCAGCCAAGUUCUGCAGAUACCAUCCAAAUAGCAAGACCCAUAGCACUGACGACUGUGUUGAGCUUUUGCAAGUGAUCAAAAAGAACCCUCCGCGUUCUCAGUCUCGUCUUGCUGUCGAGACCAAUGGUGGCCGCAGUGCCGCAUUGUCGUCAUCGUCUAUUUCGUCUCCUCAGGCCCAACCUACUACUGGUAAUUCUGUUGUUGUUCAGGAAGAUCAGCAAAGUAACAACAACUCGAGUGAAUCUGGUUCCUCGUUGUUGGUGCCCGCUGCUGUUGCUAAACAGAGUCGUCACGAUCAAAGUGAUUGCCACUCGGCUGUUGAGCCUAUGGACAUUGAUCUACAUACUGCAGUUCAUGCACACAAAUGUAAGGAUAAUCAACGUUCCAUCUUGCCUGUCAAUAAGUCUAAUUCACUUCUUAUUCCGCUUGUCGUAGAAUCGCACAAGGUAUAUGGUGUUUUAGAUACGGGAUGUACAUUUUCAAUUUGUUCCCCUCGUUUCGCCAACCAGCUUGGUGUUCAAAUCAACCGCUCUGUUCAUGGUCAGGUCCAGUUAGGCCAUACAGACAGUGUUAAACCUCGUAUUGGCACUUGCUCACUUAAAAUCGCGUAUAAUAAACGCAGUUUUAUUCACACAUUUGAGAUAUUUGAUUUCUUUACUGAUUCGGAUGAUUGCCCCAUGUUGCUUGGGUUGGAUAUCAUGCCUGAUCUACAGAUUGGAAUCACUGGCCUUGCUUCAACAUGGUUUGAAGAGCUUGGACCCAGACUUCCCGACCCCAUUGAUCCUGACAUCGAGCCUAAUAACGAUCCAUACGGAUCACCUGCUGAGCGUGCAAAGGCUUUCAAACCUAUUGAACAGUUAUUGGUAGAAAAUGCUGCCAUUGAUCUUGCCACUACUCAUUGUAACUUGCCUGGUGCGAUUGUCCAACUCGAGACAAUCCCUGGUAAGGUUGCCUAUCGUGCUCCCUAUCCUAUUCCAGUUGUCUAUAAGGAAGCUGUGUCUAAGCAGUUGAUGGAGUGGGAACCAGAUGGUGUCAUUGAGCGCAGUCCAAGUCAUAAUGGCUGGAAUUCUCCUUUGCUCGUCAUUGCCAAAAAGAAUUCUAAUGGUGAAUAUUCGUUUGACAAGCCACGUAUUGUUGCUGACGUUCGCCUACUCAACCAAAUCUUGGUCUCCACUGACAAGUACAUUAUGCCUCGCAUUGAUGAAAUCCGUGCUCGUCACAGCCGCGCUGUCAUGACAAGUUCCAUCGAUAUCAAAAGUUUCUUCACGAGUUUCUUGGUCGAUCCACGUCAUCGCCACAAGUUAACCUUUACCGAUCCAUUCACGCAAAUGCAAUGGGUCCACAGGAAGGUGUGCUUUGGAGUAAAUUUCAUGGGCAAUUUAGCUAUGCGCUUGAUAUCCAAUUUGUUUACCGACAUGCUUGAUCAGGUGUCACUUUAUAUCGACGAUUUACAGUGCCUUACGUACACUGACUCUCUGGAUGAGCACGUUGCGGCAAGUGUGUUUGCUCAGCGCAGUACUCAUGUGCUGGGUUGGAGCAUCAUUCAGAACCGCCUUGUGCCUGACGCUCGCAAAUUGACCAAUUUUCAUCUGUGGCCUAUACCUACCACUGGUAAGCAGCUGAUGAAGUACUUGGGGUUUUGCAAUUACUUUCGAAAUGUCAUCCCUGGAUACAGCGAACUGGCAGCACCUCUCGAUGCAUUGCGCAAUUGUAAAUCCCUUUCUGGUUUGUGGACUGAUGCGCAUACCAAGGCAUUCAAAUCGUUGCAGGAUGCUCUGUCAUCUCCAGUCGCUCUCAGCCCAGUUGAUUUUCGUUACAAGCUGCACGUCGUUACUGAUGCCUCAGCUACUGCUAUCGGUGGUAUCAUGUACUACACCAAGGAUGGCGUGGUUCAUUACGUUGUCAUGGCGAGUCAUAAGCUUUCCCCUUCUGAAAUGGCCUAUUCUACCACCAAACGUGAGUUGCUUGCCAUUGUCUACAUGCUUACCAAAUACCACAAAUGGCUUUUCGGUAUUGAGUUUGUCUUGCACACAGAUCAUCGCUCUUUAAUCUGGCUUCAAACACAAAGUACGCCCAACAUGAUGCUGUUGACGUGGUAUGAAAAACUGUUCUUUGAUUACAAGUAUGAGCUGGUUCAUAUCCCUGGUACGCGUAACCUAUUACCUGAUGCACUCAGUCGAUUAUUCACCUCUGACGAUGACGAGGGUGGCAAUAACCUGGGUGGGGGUAAUUGUUAUAACAAUCAAAGUAUUAUGCUACCUGAAAAAAAGCGUAAACCUACGCGAAAGAACAAACAUGGCUUCACCAACGCCAAAGAGUCCCAAGCCACUCAGUUUUCUCUUGCUAAGCCCAAUCACUCCAAUCGUACGCAGUUCAAACGCAAGAAGCAGUUCAACAAUCAAAAGCAAUUGCAGCAGCUUUCCUUUGGGAUGCCAACCGAAUUGGAUCCACACUGUUAUUCCAAGGAAUUGAAUGAUAGCAAUGUUGCUAUUUUUGAUGCGAGCACCUACAACAUGCCAUCUGUCAGCGCUCAAGAUUUAAAGAAUCAACAGACUGCUGAUGCCAAAAGUUCAUACAAUGGUUCAUCUGGAGGACAGUCAGAUUGUAAUGCUCUUAUUUCACGUGCUAUGAAAUAUGCUGACUACAUGACUCCUCCGAGGGAGGAUCGUCUAGAGCUUGUUAUGCGAGUGCAUUUACUCAGUCAUGUGGGCAUCAAUUCAAUGGAAAAAAUUUUGCACAAUGAUUACAAGGUACAUUGGACCAACAUGCGCAAUGAAAUCGCCACAGUAACCAAAGAUUGUCAUGCUUGUCAAUCGCAUGGUAUCUACCAAGUGGGAUAUCAUCCUCCUCGUAGCGUGUUGCCAGACAAUGUGUUCGAUCAUAUAGCUAUCGAUUUAGGUGAUUUCGCUACGACUUCCACCUCGGGCAAUAACUUCCUGCUAGUCAUUAUCGAUUAUUUCAGUCGAUUCAUCAUUCUACGAGCUCUUCCUGAUAAGAGUCCUAUCACUGUUGCAAGAGCAUUGCUUAGUGUAUGUUGUCUAUUUGGAGUUCCCAAGCGACUCACUAGUGACAAUGGCUCUGAAUUUGUUGGAGCAUUUAUGAGAGAGUUCAGUCAGAUUAGUGGUAUGGAUCGCUUGACCUCGUUGCCGUACGCUGCACAAGCUAGUGGUGUUGUCGAAGCGUAUGUGGGCAUUUCGAAACGAUCCAUCAUUAAAUCAUUGACACACGAUGCUGCAGAACCUGAGGCAUGGGAUGAGUAUCUCGAUGUCAUUCAGUAUGCCAUGAACAUUCAAUACACUAGAUUGCAUCAAUCGCAGCCGUUUGCUAUCAUGUUUGGGCGUGCCCCAAAUCUCUUCCAGGAUUACACUCAAUUGCCUAAUGCUGACCAGACACCCGAGGAUCCUACCAAGGAAGUCAUUGAUGCCCGCUUACAGAACAUUAAGGAUGUGGUAAUCCCUGCCAUCCAUAAGCGUAUCAAAGAAACACAAUUGCGCGACCAUGAGCGCUUCGAAAAGCAUCACAAGAUCAUUGAAGAGAAGUAUCCCAUCAAUUCAAACGUCAUGCUCUUCGACCCUGUCAGAUCAACUAAACUUCACCCCAGAUGGCUCGGUCCAUAUUUCAUCAAGAACUAUACUCGCAAUGGUAGUUAUACUUUAGCCGACAUUACUGGUGAAUUGCUGCCCCGUGAUGUGCCUACCCAGCACAUUCGCGUUGUCGAUUUCUCGGACAAUCAUGUUACAAAAGGCUUACUUCCUCGCCACUAUGAAGUGCAAGCCAUCGUCAAUCAUCGCGUUGAAAGAAAGACUGGUCGAAUGAAGUUUCUUGUCAAUUGGGUAGGUUAUCCGUCCUCGAAGGACAAUACCUGGCAAUAUGAAAGCGAUUUUGAUUCCAAACGACCUAUUCGCGACUACUGGGAUCGCAUUGCACCGGAUCACAAGAAUCCCAAUCGACUCCUUCCCAACACUGUCAAUAAGUGCAAGAUUUAUAGUCGUCGUAAGCAUGCAGGACCGUCCGUCAGAUUGCGUUACCCGUCGAUUCCAAACUCUCGUAACCACAACAUUCAGCAAUAG